UAACAUAUAUCCAAUAAAUUAUAUCUAAUCGGGGUUGAUUGAAUUCGAGAACUGUCAGAUCCAAAUAGGUGAUUGGCUUAGAGAGCUGUCAAACCGUUUCAGUGCAGAAGUUUGGUUGUGAAGAACAAGCUUUUCCACGUCAGUGUGUUUACCAAGUAUAGAUUGACAGCCGGUUUAUGUGUUUCAUUUCUCUAUAUUACGAACAAUAUUGCUUUUGAAUUACUCGUUUUUGCUUUGUAUGUGUUUCACAUUCUGGCAUGCCAAAAUAUUCUAGUUUUUUUAUAUGUUGUAAUAGAUUUUUGGUCCUCACUGUUGGCUAGGUAGCUAGCUUGCUAGCUACGUCAGUUAGCUAGCUAGCUGUAUCAGUUGAAAUUGCACCGGACUCCAUCUUGGAAACUCCAAACAGAUCAGGAUGGUGGACAAGAAUAUAUACAUUGUCCAAGGAGAGAUCUGUACUGUUGUAAGUGCCAUCAAGAGGAAUUCACGAUGGAAUACCCACACUCCUUUGGAUGAAGAACAAGAUCCAUUGCUCAACAGCUUCAGCCACCUGAAGGAAAUUCUCAACAAUAUAAAAGAGCUGUCCGAUGUCGAGCCCAACAUAUUCCUGCGGCCCUUCCUGGAGGUUGUUCGGUCCGAAGACACCACGGGACCCAUCACCGGCCUGGCCCUCACCUCUGUCAACAAGUUCCUGUCCUACGGCCUUAUAGAUGCUAACCACGAGGCGGCGGCGGAGGCCAUCGAAAACAUGGCGGACGCUGUCACGCAUGCCAGGUUUGUGGGGACGGACCCCGCCAGCGAUGAAGUAGUGCUCAUGAAAAUCCUCCAGGUCCUGAGGACGCUGUUGCUCACGCCGGUCGGAGCUCACCUUACUAACGAGUCUGUGUGUGAGAUCAUGCAGUCGUGUUUUCGCAUCUGCUUUGAGAUGCGCCUCAGCGAGCUCCUGAGGAAAUCAGCCGAACACACACUGGUGGACAUGGUGCAGCUGCUGUUCUCCAGACUACCCCAAUUUAAAGAGGAGGCCAAAAGUUUUGUGGGUGCCAACAUGAAGAAGGCUUACAAUAUCUUGUGGAAAAACAAACGUGUGCAGCUGAAGAUGCGUGCCGGUGGGAUGAGUGAGUCGUCAAAGUGGAAGAAGCAGAAGCGCUCACCCCGCCCCCCCCGCCACAUGGUUCGGAGCGCCACCGGCGGCUUGGACCAGCCCACCCUUAGCAACAACAACCUCUCGGGCGGAGUCCCGUUCAUCGAGCAGGGCAGUUUGUCUGUCUCGGACAGUGUGGCCUCCUCCAUGUCCAGCCCCACAGACAGUGGCCUGGAGACCUGCUCCAAGGCCACCUCCAGAGAGGACCUGACUGACCUGGACCAGAGCAGCUCGGCUUCCACCACCCCCGGCAUGGCCCCUUCGCCCUCAACAGAACCUGGACACCUGGACUCUCAGACUGAGGGGAGACCGGUGGAACGUGCCCAGUCAGCGUCCGUGGAGUCCAUCCCCGAGGUCCUGGAGGACCGGGACUCUGUGGCCGAGCAGUCGGACUCCGCCUCGGUACAUGACAUGGACUACGUCAACCCCAGAGGCGUCCGCUUCACGCCGCAGCAAACGCAGAGAGAUGGUGAGGAUGGCGCGGCUCUUGUCCCCUACGGCCUGCCCUGCCUGCGGGAGCUCUUCCGCUUCCUCAUCUCGUUGACCAACCCCCAUGACCGACACAACACGGACGCCAUGAUGCACAUGGGCCUCCAGCUGCUGACCGUGGCCCUCGAGGCGGCCCACAUCGCCCCCUAUCAGUCGCUGCUCUGCCUGGUCAAAGACGAACUCUGCAGACACCUCUUCCAGCUGCUAACUGUGGACCGUCUGAACCUCUACGCCGCCUCCCUGCGAGCGUGCUUCUUACUCUUCGAGAGCAUGCGAGAACAUUUGAAGUUUCAGCUUGAGAUGUACCUGAAGAAGCUGAUGGACAUCAUCACGUCGGAGAACUUGAAGAUGCCUUAUGAGAUGAAGGAGAUGGCGCUGGAGGCCCUGGUGCAGCUCUUGAGGAUCCCCAGCUUUGUCACAGAGCUCUACAUCAACCACGACUGUGAUUUCUACUGUUCCAACCUGUUUGAGGACCUCACCAAGCUGCUUUCCAAGAAUGCCUUCCCUGUGUCUGGACAACUCUACACAACCCACCUCCUCUCACUAGAGGCCCUUCUGACUGUGAUUGACAGCACAGAGGCCCACUGCCAGGCCAAGGUGCUAAACAACACCGCACAACAGGACCAAUCAACAGAAACCAUGUUGGCGGAAGGGGUAGAUUUAACCAGUGAUAGUACGGAGACAACCACAGAAGCCAGCGGUCCAAAUGUUGCAGAGGCUGACAGCGUGCCUCUGCCACCCACCAGCGGACACCUGAUGGCGGAGAAGAUGACACUGGGCAGGCAAGACCAGGACGACACAGAACCAGCUGAGAAGAAAGAAAUUAAAAUACCACAGCGCUUUUCCUGUUGUUUACCCGAUUCUCAAGAACUGUUGGAAAUCAGAAAUAGAAAGAAGCUUUUGAACAGCGGCACAGAGCAGUUCAACCAAAAGCCUAAGAAGGGCAUCCAGUUCCUGCAGGAAAAGGGUCUUCUUAGCAGCCCCAUGGACAACAAUGAGGUGGCCCAGUGGCUCCGUGAGAAUCCCCGCCUCGACAAGAAGCAGAUCGGAGAGUUCAUCAGUGACCGCCGGCACAUGGAGCUUCUGGACAGCUUUGUCAAUACAUUCACCUUCCAGGGGUUACGUAUCGAUGAAGCUCUGCGUCUGUACCUGGAGGCCUUCAGACUGCCCGGAGAGGCUCCAGUCAUCCACAGGCUUCUGGAAACCUUCACAGACACUUGGCAUAAAGUGAACGGCUCUCCCUUCAUGACCAACGAUGCAGGCUUUGCCUUGGCCUACGCGGUCAUCAUGCUCAACACGGACCAGCACAACCACAACGUUCGCAAGCAGAACAUUCCCAUGACCGUUGAGCAAUUCAAGAAGAAUCUGAAGGGUGUCAAUGGAAAUACUGACUUCGAUCAGGACAUGCUAGAGGAUAUCUACAAUGCAAUCAAGAAUGAGGAGAUUGUGAUGCCUGACGAGCAGUCGGGCCUUGUGAAGGAGAACUAUGUGUGGAGCGUGUUGCUCCACCGCGGGGCCACCCCCGAGGGGAUCUUCCUCCACGUCCCGGCCGGCGUCUACGACCAUGACCUGUUCACCAUGACCUGGGGGCCCACCAUUGCCGCUCUUUCCUAUGUCUUCGACAAGAGCCUGGACGACAACAUUAUCCAGAAGGCUAUUGCUGGCUUUAGGAAAUGCGCCAUGAUAUCGGCUCAUUAUGGAUUCAGUGACGUGUUUGAUAAUUUGAUCAUCUCCCUCUGCAAGUUCACAACGCUCAGCAGUGAGUCGGUGGAGAACCUGCCCACUGUGUUUGGCAGUAACAUGAAAGCGCAGAUAGCUGCAAAGACCGUGUUCCACCUGGCCCACCGGCACGGGGACAUUCUGAGGGAGGGCUGGAAGAACAUCAUGGACUCCAUGCUGCAGCUGUUCAGAGCCGAGCUGUUGCCCAAGGCCAUGGUGGAGGUGGAAGAUUUUGUGGAGCCAAAUGGCAAGAUUUCCCUUCAAAGAGAAGAGACUCCUUCUAACCGGGGUGAGUCGGCAGUGCUGAGCUUUGUGAACUGGUUGACUCUGAGUGGAGCAGAGCAGUCCGGCCUACGUGGGCCAACUACUGAGAACCAGGAGGCCAAGCAGGCAGCCGUGCUCUGUAUUAAGCAAUGUGACCCGGAGAAGCUGAUCACAGAAAGUAAAUUCCUGCAGCUAGAAUCUCUCCAGGAGCUAAUGAAGGCUCUGAUCUCUGUCACUCCUGAUGAGGAAACAUACGAUGAGGAAGACGCUGCUUUCUGUCUGGAGAUGUUACUUCGCAUCGUCAUGGAGAACAGGGACCGCGUGUCCUGUGUGUGGCAGACGGUCCGGGAUCACCUCUACCACCUGUGUGUCCAGGCAACAGAGAGCUGCUUCCUGGUGGAGAGAGCCGUGGUGGGCCUAAUCAGACUGGCCAUCCGCCUGCUACGCAGAGAGGACAUCAGCUCCCAGGUGCUGCUGUCCCUGCGCCUCCUGCUGAUGAUGAAACCCCACGUCCUGGCCCGUGUCAGCCGGGAGGUCGCCUACGGACUCCACGAGCUGCUCAAGACCAACGCCGCCAACAUCCACUCUGCCGACGACUGGUUCACCCUCUUCUCCCUGAUCGAGUGCAUCGGGGCUGGGAUGAAACCCCCCGCCUCCUUCCAGGUCACGUCCACAAGCCCUGAUAUGGACACAGGUGCCCAGUCAGACAGUGAGCUGUCGUCCCACCACCCCAGCGAGGUGAGUCUUGACCGGGGCUACACCUCCGACUCGGAGGUCUACACGGAACAUGGGAAGUCCAGGAUGCCCCGCUCCGUUACGGAUGUAGACGUGGCCAACAGCGGGUGGCUGGUGGUUGGGAAAGAUGACCUGGACAUCAACAAGUUGUCUGGCUCCAAGCCCCUGGUGAACCCGCUGGUGAACCAGUACAGCCUGACACUGGGCCAAGACAUGGGCUUCCACGACACCAAGUCACUCAUCAAGUGUGUGGAGUCUCUCUCGUUCAUUGUACGCGACGCUGCCCAUGUCACCCCCGAGAACUUUGAGCUUUGUGUGAAGGCCAUACGAGUGUUUGUCGAGGCCAGCCUUAAUGGAGGCUACAGGACCCAUGAGAAGAAGAAGAACCACAAGUACGACUCCCAGAAGUCCAGAGUGAGGAGGAAGCCCCGGGACAAGGAGAUGGCGUCCCGCCGCUCAAAGACCUCCAGCCAGAGGCCCUCCCGUUCCCACAGUGACGACGAAGAGGACGAGGGGGUUCCGGCCAGCUACCACACGGUGUCUUUACAGGUUAGUCAGGACCUGUUAGACCUGAUGCACACGCUACACACCAGGGCGGCAAGCAUCUACAGCUCCUGGGCAGAGGAACAGCGCCAUCUGGAGGAUGCGGGGAAAAAGAUUGAGGCAGACUCCCAGACGCUCUGGACCAGCUGCUGGUGCCCACUGCUCCAAGGGAUAGCCUGGCUGUGCUGUGACGCGCGGAGGCAGGUGCGGAUGCAGGCCCUGACCUACCUCCAGAGGGCGCUGCUGGUUCACGACCUGCAGACUCUAGACGCUGUAGAGUGGGAGUCCUGUUUCAACAAGGUGCUGUUCCCCCUCCUGACCAAGCUGCUAGACAAUAUUAGCCCUGCUGACGUUGGCGGCAUGGAGGAGACCAGGAUGAGGGCCUGCACUCUGCUCUCAAAGGUGUUCCUGCAGCACCUCUCUCCUCUGUUGUCCCUGCCAACCUUCGCUGCCCUGUGGCUCACCAUUCUGGACUUCAUGGACAAGUACAUGCACGCCGGUUCCAGUGACCUGCUCCUGGAGGCCAUUCCGGAGUCUCUGAAGAACAUGCUUCUGGUGAUGGACACGGCAGGGAUCUUCCACAACGCUGACUCGCGGACUGGAUACUCUGACCUGUGGGAGAUCACCUGGGAACGCAUCGACUGCUUCCUGCCUAACCUCCGGGAGGAGCUCUUCAAACAGACAGUCAUACCACAACCAGAUCGUGCUCCCAGUCCCCCUGUGGAGCUUGCCCCGCCCGUUGCCCCCUCCCCCCUCGCCGCGCCACCUCCAGCGCAGAUGCCAUCACCCGUGCCAGCUGUCCCCACAGAGCCAAAGACCCCCAGCAGACCAGCGUCACCCCAAGACCCCCCCACACCUAAUGCCAAUGGAACCGACAGAUCCUCGCCAGUGCCCGCACCGACUCCCGCCAUGCCAACCCCUUUGAAGAUGUCCCCCCAGAUCUCCACCCCCAUGAAUCAGUCCCCCAUGAAUCAGUCCCCCCUCAUCCUGCAGCCCCUGGCCUCCCAUCUGCAGGUGGGGGGGGUGCCUCCCAUGUCCCUCCCCAUCAUCCUCAACCCUGCCCUGAUCGAGGCCAGCUCCCCGGUGCCCCUGCUCCCCGCUCCUCGGAUCACUGACCCUAGUGACACCCCAGAGGUCAAAUAACCGUAGCACAGUGGCGAAUCUCACAGGGUGACCCUGUCCCAUAAACAACAUCACUGUCUCUUUAGGUUCUGCCUUGGCCCUGGAAAGGCAUGGUCACCCCUCAGACAACUCUCAAUUGACACAUCUGGCUCUAGGAGCCCUGUCUUUCAAUAUUCACCUGUUCAUCAGGAAAUACAUAUUCAUGAGAUCCAUAUACUGUAUUUUGAACGUGGAUAUUAAGGACAGCACCCAUUUUUUACGCAUCUUUGGUCUUCUCCGACUUUUCCUAUAGAGUCAGUAUCAAUUUGCGACCUACAAAGUUGAUUACAUUGUUAGUAUGCCUGUGCGUAACAUUAAUCUAGGAGUUCUGCCUGGAACUAUAUCAUAGUACAUAACUUAUCUGGCUCUAGGUACUGCAUGUUGUUUACUGAGUAGAAUGUACAGAAAUGAAUUUACUCAAGUAUCAGGGCCAUGUCUUAAAACAAAGAGUGAAAGCUCAUAUGUGGGUCGAAAUGUAACUGUACAGUAAUAUAAAGCAUAAAUAGUUUAUAUAUUUCCAGCAACAUAUUUGGCAUCUAAGAGGUUUUGAAAAAUACUUAUAUUAUAUCCUGGAAUGUCCAAAGGUGGAGAAGUUAGCCUAAACGUUGUCACAAGCUUAUUUACUGAAGUUUACAACAAUUGCCCUAAAACAUUAAUUCCAUAAAGUAAAAAAAAAUAAGUUGUACCUACUCAUAAUUCCUCUAAAUACUGUUAUACCGAAGAAGAACCGAGGCGGGCAUGGUUUGGCUUAGAAGAAGAACAGAGGCGGGCAUGGUUUGGCUUAGAAGAAGAACAGAGGCGGGCAUGGUUUGGCUUAGAAGAAGAACAGAGGCGGGCAUGGUUUGGCUUAGAAGAAGAACAGAGGCGGGCAUGGUUUGGCUUAGAAGAAGAACAGAGGCGGGCAUGGUUUGGCUUAGAAGAAGAACAGAGGCGGGCAUGGUUUGGCUUAGAAAGCUGUAUGUGAAAGGCUACCAUGGCUGACAGGGUCAACAUCUAGAACAUUCCAAGUGUGACGGCCUGGGCUUGGUGUUUACUUGGUUUUCAGUGUUCUGUGACGGCGGAACGCCUGAAGCCUGUUGUUAUCGUUCACGUUGCGGGAGGUUUAGAGCAACGUCUUAAUGAGAUGAUUUAACAGUAGUAUUUAUUUGAGUCAUGUGAUUUGUCAUGUUUGUAACAUGAUGCUUAGUAAUUAUGGCCAGAUAGGACUUAUAUUAUAUGACUUAACUUGACAGAUGAGUGCAGUUGGUAAAUAUGGGACCAGCAGGUCUUUUAUUUCCCUCAAGUGAUUAAGGAUGUGUCCAAAUUAUCUUAGCUAGGUUUCAAAGGUGACUACCUUCACACUUAGUGAAACACACUGUCAAGGUAUUCUGACGUCACUGUCUGUACAGUAAGCAGUACAGUACUUGAUUGUAGAUCAUUUCAGAUAUUGGUUGGAUCAAGUUUGGGCCUCGAUCUUCCUAUCAAACAAAAACCAUACCAGACAUCUCAGUGCAUAUGGUGAUGAAAGAAUAUUUUUUAAGAAGCUACCAACUCCAACACAUUAUGUAUCCUUUUCGAGAUCCCAACCUUGUGGUUUGAGUAACCUUAAUUGCAAUUUAUUUCUUGGCCGUUGCCCAAUCUGUCUAUUUUAAUCAUAUUUAUUUUGCUUGGAAUUAAGUAGUGUGUUGGGGAAUGAAUACUCAUUAAAGCAUAUUU